AUGCCAUCAGAAGAGGGAUCGGUGGUACGAUGGCUGGUGUGUGGUGCAUCCGCUGGGUUGGCAGUUGACAUUGGAUUAUAUCCAUUGGAUACUAUCAAAUCAAGAAUGCAAUCGAAACAGGGAUUCAUUGCAGCUGGAGGCUUUAAAGAUAUUUAUAGAGGAAUGAGUUCAGUAUUAGUUGGAUCAGCUCCGGGAGCCGCUAUAUUCUUCCUCACUUACAAAUAUAUCAAUGGACAAAUGAAACGAUCGAUAGCAGGAAAAGAUGCUCUCGUUGAUGCAUUCUCUGCGAGUUUAGCUGAAAUUGCGGCUUGCGCUGUCCGAGUUCCGACGGAAUUGUGUAAGCAAAGAGGACAAGUGAACAAGAACACUCGAUUGACAUUAAUUUGCAAGGAGAUUAUGGAGUCGAAGGGUCUGAAAGGGUUCUAUCAGGGAUACGGUAGCACGGUGGCCAGGGAGAUUCCAUUCUCCAUUAUUCAAUUUCCGAUUUGGGAGGGAUUGAAGAGAAUGGUGGCCGACAAAAAGGAAUCCGGUCGAUGCAGUCCUCUUGAAGGAGCAGCAUGUGGAAGUGUCGCCGGAUGUAUUGCAGCUGGAUUGACGACACCUCUAGACGUGGCAAAAACACGAAUUAUGCUAACGAAAACCGGACCGACUCUUGGAAUUCUGACCACUCUGAAAGAGGUUUAUACAUCCGGUGGAAUCAAAGGUCUCUAUUCUGGAGUGGUGCCACGUGUCAUGUGGAUCUCCGGCGGUGGUUUCGUCUUCUUUGGAGCUUAUGAAACGGCUAUGCAUUUUACCAAAUUUUUAGAUUAG